AUGAAUUAUAAUAGCUACGGAAAUCCGCAAUAGCAAUAAUACCAAUAAUAUAACCAGUACUAGGGAGGUCCUGGUUAGAAUUAGCAAUAGCAGUAAUAGCAGCCCUUACCCAUCAAGACAAUUAUAGGUAACGAAGAAUUAAAGCUCAUAGUUAAAUGCUUGAAUGAUAAACCCUUUAAUUAUGACUACAAGCUUGUCACCUUCGAUGAAUUAAGCAACAUUGAUCUCCUUGAUGUUUUAUACAAAGUUUUACUCUAUUUAGACAAGAAUACCUUCGAAAAUAUUAAGUAGAAAAUGCCUGAAUAAAUAGGUUCCGAUACUUGCAAUUUCUUAAAUAUUUUAGGUUAUCCCAUUCCUCCUCCUCCUAAUGAUGUGCCAUUUCAAACUCAAUUAUUGUAAGGAGAAAAGAGAGUUGUUAAUCCUAUUUUAUACUAUUUAUUGUCCAGACUUGAAGAGCACUAACAAAGAGCUUAUUUAGCUAAGUAUUUGGUACCUUUCACUCUUCCUGAAGAUAUUCCUUUCGAUGAGGAAAUGAAAACUUUCAAUGAUAAAUAUAAAGAUUUACAAGCUGAAUUCCAAGUUCACCAUUAAGAUUAUCAAGCUGCUUUGCGCGAAUCUUAAAAUCCAACUGAGUUGAAAAAGGUUUUAGCAAGUUUAGAAGGUGAAAGAGAACAAUUGAUUAGCAAAAUUAACAUUUCUAAAUCUAAAAAUACCAUGAAUCCUGAAUUCCAAGCUCUUUUGGAAGAAACUAAUUUGCUUAGAAAAGAAUAAGAAGAAGAAGCUCGUUUAGAUGACAAGAUUUAUCAAUAAAAAUCAUAAUUAGAAUAUACUGAUUAGCAAUUGUUAACAGCCCAAUAGCGUUUGCUUGAUGCAUAAAAGAGUAUGGACCCUUCCAACACUCCAGAACAAAUGCUUCAAUCAAUGAGAAAUGAAGUUAAAAAGAACAGAGAGCUCUCCACAAUGAGACUUGCAAUCGAAAUCAAUGAAAAGAAAAAAAAACUUGAAGCUACUGAAAAGCUCCUUAUGGAACCUCCCAUGACCUAAGGUGAGUUGUCAAACUUAGACAACUAACUUGUUGUACUUAGAAGAGCUGUCACUAUACUUGAAGAAAAGCUUGCCAAAAAGCCACCAUAGGAUGAUUCCAAGCUUCUCAUUUACAGAUAGUCAGCAUAACAAGUAGCUCGUAAGAAAGAAAAAGCUAUCGAAGAACUCAAAAGAACGGAAGAAGAGCAAACAACUCUUGAAAAGAAGGUAUAAGUCUUAACAGAAAAAUUAAAUAAAGAAAGAGGUGCAGGCAUAGGUGGAAUAAGUGAUAUGAAUGCUUAUGUCAAAACUGUUGCAGAAAAAGCUGCAAAAUGCAAAGAAAUGAGAAAGCAACUGUCUAAUUUAGAACAAGAAAAAAUCUUGCUUUCACGUACUGAAGAAGUUUUAAAGAAAAACAAAACAGAAUAUGAUUAAAUGCUUAAAAAGCUAGAAAAGGAAAAAAAUAUUGAAGGUUUUUCAGGUAUUGCCCAACAAGGUGAAAAUUUAACACAAAUUAAUAACGAAAUGAAUGAAUAAAAGGAGAAAAAACUAGAGGAAUUCUCUCAACUCACUGUUAAAUACAACUAAAUGAAGAAGGAGAAAUAAGUUUAUCUCAAAUAAUAAGCUGAAGAAUAAAAAGAAAUGCAAAAAAAGAUGGAAGAAGUCGAAUAAGUUUGGAAAACUAAAAAAGCUGAAUACGACAGAGUUAUUCUUAAGAGCGAGUCUGAAAUAAAUUAACUUGAAUAAGAAGUAAAGAAAUUGAAGGAAGAAGUAUAUAGAGAUGAUACUAAAAUAACUUCCCUGAAAUAUAGUCAACAAAUCUUAGACUUGAAGCUCAAUAGACUUAACGAAGAAGAAAAAUACUAAAAGGGAGAAAAGUAACUCAGUAGUUAAUAUAAAAGUUAUGUUGAACUUUUCAAUGGGGAAGCUAGAAGAUUAGAUGAAUAAAUUAUUGACCUUAGAAAGCAAAGAGAACUAGUCAAGGAAAAUCACGAGCCCAGCAUUAGACAAUAAUAAAUGUUUGCAGACCUUAAAAAAUUCCUUACCUAUAAAUUAUAGGUUUCAAGGAAGUAAAAUAACGCAGGAAAAGGUGCUGGUGGAGACUAUAAUAUAUUAACUAUUAAUUGA